AUGGCAGCCCUCACCGCCCGCCGCCCCCCAAACCCCCCCCGGACAUCCACAGCCCCCACCGGCUCCUCCCUCCACCUCACCCUCCCCUCCUCCUCCUCCUCCUCCGCCCUCCCCCCCAAGGACACCGACCACCGCCACCUCUCGUCCAAGUUCAAACACAUGUUUGAGAACCAAAAGUACGCCAUCUUUAAUGCCUCGGUGACGCUGCAUGAAGUGGGGAAUGUGCCGCAGCUGGAGGGCGAGUUUGCGGUGGGAUGGCGGUUUAGGGGGAAGAAGCCUAGGGGGAAGGAGAGUUUGGAGCUGCAUGAGAAGCAUCUGGGCCCUCUACCGAAACCAUCGCUCCCCAAUCUACGUAUAUCCAACCCUUCCUCCUCUUCAGCAUCAGUCAAAACAAACUCUACAUCCUCCUCCAUCCCCGCUCCCUCCACCUCUGGCUCCCUCCUCAACCCCGAACACCACCGUUCCCAAAAACCCCACAAACUCUUCUCCCUCCCACCGCCUCUCCAUCUCGGCCACCAUGCCCCGGACCAACGCCCCGAAAAGAAGAGUUCCGACCCCACCCCUCUCAAACAAGUCCUCACCAGCAGCGAUAUGGAAGGCGGGCACAUGCAGCAGUGGCCCAUGGAGUCGCCAGGGAUCAUGGAAGAGCUCGACGGCGACUACUUUGAAGAACCCUCCGGUUCCAGCGGCUCUUGGGAAAGGCCCGAAAGCGCUGGAGGCACCUCGUCGGGGAGUCAGGGGAGUAUCAGUGUGGUCACUGGGGGACCGCAAGUGAAUGUACAUCGGGCGAGUAUGAAUUCGCCUUCGACGCCGAUAUUGAGGGAUCAACAGAAUCGGGCGGGGCAGUUGUCUAUCCCCUUUCCUGGAGGGGGUGGGGGCGGGGGGAAGGAGGGGGGGUUGCCGGCGCCGGUGAGGUCGGGGACUAUGCCUUCGCAUACGCCCUACCUGGACGCGUUCGAGAAAGACAGUUUGGCCCCAGGCCCGCCGGGGACGAGGAGGACGUUGUCGGCCAAUACGGCUGCGACGGCGGAAACGUCUUCUUUUGCCAACUCUUUUCACCCCCAUUCGCGCGACUUUGAGAAAACCCGUCUCCCGCGCGUCAGAUCGACUUCUGGCCCCAUGCCGACCCUCGGAGGAGGAGGAGGGGAGAGGGAUGCAGAGCUGGUGUCGACACAUCGGAAAGGCGAGACGCCUGUUCGGCCGCUCAAGGCCCAUACGUGUAAAUGGGAUUUCGAAUUACACCAUACUCUGCGUAUUCCUCUCUUCAAACCGAACACCAAUGGUGCUGGGGGUGGGGGAGGGAAGAAGGGGGAUGCGAUGUUACUCGGGAACGGCCCGACCUCAGAGUCGGGCUUAGAAUUGACCAUCUUGCAGUACCCUGCGAACGCCAAUGCCGCCGGAGGGGGAGGGGUUGGAAAGAGUGUACAGGCGAGUGCUAGGGCUUCGCCAGUACCGAGUAUGAUUGGAGGCUCGAACCCAUCCGUCGUUGCUUCGGGUUUGGAAGCCGUCACAGCCGGAAAGAAAGACGGCCGCAAACUCGACCGUACACCCGUCAAAUUCGGAACAGUCAACAUCGACCUCGCGCCCUUUGCUGCUCAAAUCCUUGCUUCCCACUCUGGCGGACCCACCUCCGCUUCCGGCGCCAACGGGCCAGGGGGAGGGGGAGGAGGGAGGAUGACAAGAAGGUUCUUGUUGAAGGGGAGUCGGACGAAUGCGACGGUCAAGGUUUCGGUGGAGAUGGAGUGGAUGGGAGGUGAGGCGAAUUGGGUGGCUCCGCCGAUGCAGGAAGGACAUCAUGUGAUGGGGGUCAAUGAGUUGAUGGUUGAUAAUCAUGAUUCCCAUCGACCUGACUUGUUGUUGGCAAAGACGCCGUCGGCUUCCAGCUCUGAUUCAACCCCAUUAGAGCGGACGAGCACGAAUAUGACGACGCUCUCUGGUAUAUCCAACUACAGCCCCUUCUCCCACCACAACACCCCCGGGCAGAGUAAUCAUUCCCUCCAACUCACGCGCACCCGAACAGGCGGUACGUCCGGUACACUCGGGACCCUUGCGAGUAUCAGCGCGGGCGGGGGAGGGCCCUAUGAUACAUAUGAACAUCACCUCCACGCGCCAAGUCCGAGUCCGACGAGGUCUCCGAGGAGGAAGGGGAAGAGGGUGGAGUUGGAUUUGGAGGGGACGACGCCGAAAGCGCCGAGUUCGUCGAGGAUGGGUUCGCCUGUGAGGUCUGAACCCGAUCGUGAUCGUGGGCGUAGACAUCAUUCCACGCGUACACCACGCAAACCUUCACCUUCCCCUGCCCGAAGCUUGUUGAAUCUCGACGUAACGCGACCAUCGCCUUCGAGGCAGAAUACCCACUCGCCUUUACCGCCCCCUCCACCUCUCAUCCCGUCGUUGCACGAUAUGCAGCAUACCCCGAACCAUCGGCAUCACACCCACCAUCUCCGCCCGGGGCACACACCGUCCUCAAAGCAUACAGACAUGCACGACCUCCCCCCCGAGACCAUCAUCGAAGCCAUCUUCAACCCCCACCCCGCCAAAGAAGCCGGCCCCUUCACAUACGUCUCUCUCAACGCCGACGGGCAUCCGGAGGGGUAUAGUAUGGGCCUGGGGAAGGGGGAGGUGGAGGAGAGGAUGGUGAGGGAUGCGAAUGGGGAUGAGGAGCGGUAUGCGUAUUCCCGCUCGGGGUUGGGGGUGGAUUUGGAAGGAGGGGUGGAUGGGAAGGGGAAGAUGGGAGGAGGAGGGGGGCAUAAGUUGGGGUGGAGGAUGAGGGGGAGGGCGAAAGCGGAGAGAGGGAAUACGGCGAGGGUCGUUUCGGCGCAGGGGUGUGGGGGAAAGUUGAAGGGGAAGGAGAUGAAGUCGAAUUCGACUUGA